GGGUUCUAAGUAUGAUAGAAAGAGGAUUGAUUCCACCAACAGCAAAAAUUACCUUCGAGAAUCCACCCAUUAUGCCCAGGCCAGCUCCUCUCCAUGACUUUAUUGAGGCACACAGGAAUCCAACAAUUGGUCAUCUUAUUCCUGCUGUUAAAUCUUGGAAACCACCACAGAAGACAGCUGACAAGAUGGAUAGCAUCAGAAAAUUAGUACCAAAGAUGUACUACAGUUCUGCUUUAGCUGACUCCAAACCCACAGCGUCCCUGUGCCUGAGUCGCCUGUUUGAUGUCCAAGAGUGUGUUUCCUUGGAGAACAGGUCUUUACUAGUUAUGUCCAAAGGAACUAGAGUUAUAGUAGAGAAGAUCUUGAAAUCCACCUUAACCAGAAUUUCCAGAUCUCCAUGGGAACACGACUUUUCCAUUUACAAUGGCACCAUAGACAAGACGACCUCAGAUUUCCUCACAUUCAAGGAGCAUGUCAGUUUGAUUUGGGGAAGCGUUGUUUCUCUCUUAGAACACAUCGAGAAGUUUCUCAAGGACUAUGCUAUUCCAGAAGUCAGGGUGAAAGGGAACAAUUUGGUGGAUCUUCUUCCAGAGUUUGAGCUGAAGAAUAAACUUAGCAAAAGCGACAUCUUAUCUGUAUUAGAAUCCCCAGAGUACAUCCAAAGUAUCAUCAAUCGUCCAGGGCAAAGAUUCAAGGGCCAAGAUGGAGAGAGAGAGGCAGCGAUCAAGGUCCAAGCCACUUGGAAAUGCUUUGUAGCAAGGAAAUACUACAUCACGUUUCGCCAGCAGAAGUGGGCGUCAGGUGUGAUUGCUAUCAAGUGGCUUUUAUACUGCCACAAGGUCCGAGUCAGGAAGCUCUUGAUGGAGACCCGGAAAAGACACCUGAGUAAUUUCCACAUUCGAGCCAAGCAUCUGGCAGCCAACUGGAAUCGCAUCAGGACCUCCAGGAGGACCAUUAUCCAUAUCCCAUCAUUAGGCUAUGCCCAGCCAGUGCGAAGCAGCACAGACAACUUCAACACACCUGCAGAAUCGCAGCUGGGAAGACUCUGUGACAUCAGAGAUGCCAAUGUGACAGUCCUCUAUGUCUCCUCCCAUGAAAUGAAAGAGGAAUUACUGCUCUACUACAGGAAAAUCCUGAGUCUCCAGGCAGCUGUCAAAUCAGGCAACCUUAAGGACAGAACUGACCUGCAGGACAGGUUCAAAAUCAUCAUCCCUGAAGCCAUCAACUUCUUUACUAAACAUCACAUGUGUCUGGCAACUCUUCUCUUGUAUAGUCCCAAGGCAAUGAAAAGAAUAAAGAAUCUCAUUCAAGGAAGGGAAGCCUACAUCGUCAGUGGGUUCAUCCAUAAAGAUGAUUUGGCUGUGUCGGAUAUUUUAGAUGUUCCCAUUCUGGCUUCGGAGCCAGCACUCGCUCAUAUUUAUAAUACCAAGUCUGGAAGUAAAGAGGUCUUUGACAGUGCCAAUGUGCCAGUUCCCCCUGGAGUACACAGCAUCUAUAAUUUCCAACAGAUAAUAGAACAAUUGAGCCAGCUAAUUGUUGACAAUCUGGAUAUUCAACGCUGGCUCUUUAAAAUGGACUACGAAUUUGGAGGAAAUGGAACUGCAUUUUGUGAUAUUAUUUCCCAUCUGAAGUGCUACGGGUGGGUCCUAAAGGAGAGUAAAAGGUACGGCAGUGAAGACUGGCACAAGAAAUGGGCACAGGAGCCAGCUUUGGUGAAGAUCUCCGAGGAGCUGGCGGGCAUUUUAGCACAGCACGCACAGCCAGUCAAUGUGAAACGGUUCCCAACGUGGAGGAAAUUCCUCCAAACGUUUCUCGUUCAAGGGGGCGUGAUCGAGGCGUACCCCCCUGCAGAAAGUGUCACCAACCUGAAGGUGGACAUGCUGAUAGAGCCCAAUGGGAUAAUAAGCGUGCUGACCUUGGGGGACCAAAUCCACGGCGAGAGUCCCUUCAUCUCCUCUGGAACCACCAUACCACAGACCUCAGUGGAUCCCCAAGUUCUCCAUUCUUUGUGCCUCCAAAUUGGAAUGGCUUGUAGGAUAAAACAGGUGGUCGGUUACUUUUCCAUAGACCUGGUGACUUUCAUCGAUCCGCUCUCCCUGGAACAGCAGGUGUGGGCCACUGGCCUCAACAUCUCCUACAGUGACCAGCUGGCCUUGACACAGUUCGCCUUGUACCUAACCAAUGGCAAACUGAACUGCAGGCUCAGCACCUUCCAUGUGCCCCCUGUGAAGAAAAAAAAGAAGAAGACCAACCCCUUGCUGCCAGUGCAGGUAAGUUGCAGACCACACGAGGUGUGUCGAUAUGCAGUGAUGAGCACGCAGCUGAAGCACGGUGAUCUUUCCCUAGUCUUCCACAAUGUUUUCCUCCAGUUAUGUAAGUCCCAUGGCAUCGGAUAUAACCUUGAGGAGAGAUAUGGAACUAUAUUUAUACUGUAUGAUUCCCUGAGGAGAGAGCAGCUGGGAAUGAUAACAAUCGGUAUGGAUCUCCAGGGGGUCCUCAUGACCUUUGCUCGCAAUCUCUUCAUCAUCCAUCAAGAAGUAUCAGCACCUAAUAUGCAAAGCGUGACCAAUUUUAAGACAACCAUUCGAGAAGUUGAAGACAUUCUUGGAGUCACAGAAGAAAACAAAAUUAAAUUUGAAGAGCAAGAGUCCAAAGAUUGUAAAAUUUCCUCUGACCCUAAAAACUGA